ACAUCGUUUUCCCUCCCGUCAUUGUGAAGCCCAUGGGAUCGAUGAAAAAUUAGCAAACUCAGUACGCGUACGUACGCCAAGCUGUAAGCUCGUCGCCAAAAUCCGGAAUUCGCAAUGCCGGAAUCGCAGUCGUCGGAUAGUUAUCCCGGGAAGUCCUCCUCCGGAUUGGAUGUUGUGGAGCAGGUGAACGGCAGCUUUGGCCGCUGGCAAUUGCGCACCAUCCUGCUGAUAUUCCUCUGUAAGAUCCCCAGCGCCUGGUUCACAGCCAUCAUCAUCUAUACGGCUCCAUAUCCCUGGAAGGGGGAGCUCGUCUGCCAUCCGGCCGAAUGGAAUGUUAGCCGGACGCAUGUCAGCCAGUUACAUCCACUUUGGCAGGGUGCCCGCAGUACGGAUCGAUUGUUUAACGUGGACGUGUGCAAUGCCUAUUCGAACUCCCUGGCCAGAGGAUUCGUGCGGAGUCAUGGCCAGGAGUGGAACGCCUCGGAAUCAAAGCAGCCGGAUGCCCAAUCUUCGCUGCCCUGCGAGCACGUGGAGCACAUGACGGACUAUAGAUCCCUGAUCAUUCAGUUCGAUCUAAUAUGCUCCCGUCGCGUUCUUGUGGCGGUGACGCAAUCUUUUCAUGCUCUUGGUGCCCUAAUUGGCGGUUUAAUGGCCUACUCUGCUCUCAAAAUAAUCAGCCCGCGUCGCUUGAUGUUGCUGGGCAUGAUUGGACAGAUAUUUUGCGGAAACCUCACUGGCCUGGUGGACACUUACCAGUUGCACAUCUACUUUCGCUGCCUCACUUCCAUUUUUUGUGCUCUCAUGUAUACAUCUGGGCAGGUUAUACUAACCGACAUCACCUCGGGAAAGGCUCGCAUCAUUGUGGUCACUCUAUCGGAGUUGUUCUGGUCCAUGGGUCUCGUCGUUCUCCCGGCCAUUUCUAUAUAUUUCGAUGACUGGAGCUACCUGUACGUGGCCAUCUCAUCCUCCCUCAUUGUGCUUGUCUGGCUUCAUCGUUGGAUAGCUGAUGCUCCUCGCUGGUUGCUGCAACAUCAACAUGUGGAGGCUGCACUGCGUCAGCUCCUGGAAUCGGCCACAUACAACAACCGGAAGGUGCCGCUUACCCUCGAUGUUCAGCUCACGGUGUACGCCAAUGAUCUGGAGCAAAAAGCCAGGCAGAAGCACGGCUACUGUCAAAUCUGGGAUGGUGAGACGAAACGCAGCCAGCUGGUGUACAUCCACUGGAUCUGGGGCGGAGCCAUGGUGAUCUAUAACAUCACCCUGCUGAUGAUCCGGAACCUAGGUGCUCAACAAGUGCAUGUGAACACUGCAGCCAUGGGAUUUGCUGAGAUGGUUGGCGUUUUUGUGGGUCUAUACCUGAUCCUAUACACGCGUCGGCAUUGGCGGUGGUCAGGAAAUCUGAUGAUUAUAGCAGGUCUCAGCACAUAUAUCAUCUGGCUGCUUCCCGAAACUGAGCGAAAUUCACGACGUGUGGGACUGGAACUGAUGUUUUGGCUCAUUUUAAAGGUGGCAAACUCCGCAUCGAUAGCUGUGCUGACCACCUGCACAAGUGAAAUUGUGUCCAAGGAGAAGCGGGUGUUCUUGCUGCUGUCCGUGAUCUCAUUUAGUCGCCUGUGUUUGGUCUUCUGUCCGUUUCUCAGUUGCCUCACUGUCAUCCAUCACUUGCUGCCGGUGACCAUUUUGGGCACACUUGCCUGGAUAUAUGGAUUGGCCCUGCGGCGCCUGAAUCGUUACUAUUGGAACACGGAGCAGCCGCAGAUGAGCCAGGUGCCCACACCGAAUACCUAUCGCCGCCAGUCAGCCAUCAUCAUGCGCCGCUGCAGCACGGCAAGCUCGGAAUGCAGUGCCUACAGCAAUGAGCUAUUGAGCAACUUUGAACGGAACAUAGCAGUUAGUAUAGCCGACAUAUGGCACAUCAAUUUCCAUCCCUCGAGUGAGAUCGAAAUGGAAAUGGAGCAGCAAAGACCGGAAGCUUACCGAUCGCACAGCUCGGAAACCAUUUGAAGAGCUUUUCUUGGAGCCCAAAAGUAGGCUCGGCGUAUUCAAAGAAACGAAGUGAUGUAUCUAACACUUAUGUAUAUUGUACAUCUACUUUAGUACGACUUAUUGUCAUUAACAUUCAAUUUUGUUAACUUAAAUAGUGUUAUAUUUCAAUGAUCACAGGAAAGGUAUUUACUUGCUUAAAAUUGAAAUUCUAAUUAUAUACUAAAGCAAAUUAAAAAUAUCAUAAUGGAAAAA